AGCACACUUAUCCAUCAGUUGUUCAGAGUAACGAAAACAACACAGACCUCUUCCACAAUGAUGAAACUGGUGGUGUUGUCCUGUUUGAUGGCCGCGGCGUCUGCCAGUGGGAUCAUUGCUCCCUACGCGUCGCUCGUGUACUCUGCGCCUCUGGUCGCCGCUCCCAACUACAGAGGACCGCUGUCCCUCGCUCCCGGCCAGCCUGCUAACGUGCUCGGCGCCGAUGGCAGGCCCCUCGACACCCUGGACGUAAACUUGGACCGCGCAGCUCACUACACCGCCAAAGCCCUUGAGCCCUUCCACCUGCUCAAGAAGCGCUCCGCUGCCUUCGUCGCACCCAUAGCUCCGCUGGUCUACUCUGCACCCCUAGUCGCUGCCCACAACUACAGAGGACCCCUGUCUCUGGCUCCCGGUCAGCCCGCCAACAUCCUCGGCGCCGACGGCAGGCCCCUUGACACCUUGGAGGUUAACUUGGACCGCUCCGCUCACUACGCCUCUAAGGCCUUCAGUGUCCACUUGUUGAAGAAACGGUCCGCUCCCGUAAUCGCGCCCAUCAGCACCUACGCCUUGGCUCACGCCCCAGUCGUCGCUCAUGCUGCUCCGAUUGCUUACUCCGCUCCCUUGGCUGCCGCUCACUACGCUCCUCUUGCCUACGCUGCCGCUCCUCUGGCCCACUGGUACAAAUGAAUACAAAUUGCAACUAUUAAAUACCAAAUGUAAAUAAACGACUUUACGAUCA